AUGAAGGUAGUGGAGAGAAUGGACAUUGGAAACAGUUCCGUUGUCACUGAGUUUAUCCUGGUGGGUUUAACAGAAUACUCGGGGACCCAGCUCCCUUUCUUCUUUCUCUUCCUGGGAAUCUACGUUGUCACUGCAACAGGAAACCUGGGCUUGAUCACUCUAAUCAGACUGAAUUCUCACCUUCACACUCCCAUGUACUACUUCCUCUUCAAUUUAUCCUUUAUUGAUCUGUGUUAUUCUUCUGUUAUUACCCCUAAAAUGUUGGUAAACUUCGUGUCAGAGAUAAACACCAUUUCCUAUGCAGGUUGCAUGACUCAACUUUUUUUCUACUGCGUUUUUGUCAGUGCAGAAUGCUACAUGUUGACGGUCAUGGCCUAUGAUCGCUAUGUGGCCAUCUGCAAGCCCCUGCUUUACACAGCUAAGAUGUCCCCUUGGGUUUGCUUUCUGCUGGCUGUGAUUGUGUAUAUGGGAGCAUUUGCUGCUGCUGGGGCCCACACAGGAUGCAUGCUGAGGUUGAUUUUUUGUGAGGCCAACACUAUCAACCACUACAUGUGUGACAUCUUUCCCCUGCUGGAGCUAUCCUGCACCAGCACUCAGGUCAAUGAGCUGGUGGUGUUCAUUAUCGUAGGCUUUAAUGUGGGUGUGCCCAGCCUCACCAUCACUGUCUCCUACACGUUCAUCCUUGCUAGCAUUCUUCACAUCCGUUCUACUGAAGGAAGAUUUAAAGCCUUUAGCACUUGUAGUUCACAUAUAAUUGUUGUUUUUGUUUUCUUUGGGUCUGGGGCAUUCAUGUACCUGCAUCCUUCUUCUGACUUGUCUAUGGACCAGGGGAAAGUGUCCACCGUGUUCUAUACAAUUGUGGUACCCAUGCUCAACCCACUGAUCUACAGCUUCAGGAAUAAGGAAGUUAGGAUUGUCUUGAAGAAAAGCCUUAGUGGGAAGAUAUGCUCAAUCUGCAAGCAGCAUUAG